GACAUCACCAAAAACAUACACACACAAUAAUAUUGAGUGAGUGAGUGACAAUGGAGUCCUCUAAGCAACUCACUGCUCUUCUCCUCAUUUCCAUGUUCUUUAUUUCCACUACUGCCACUCCCAUUGCUCUUGAUUGUGUCCCUUGUGGUGGCAAACCUCCUCACCACAAACCACCCUCCGGCAAACCACCCUCCGGCAAACCACCCUCCGGCAAACCACCAUCUGGCAAGCCACCAUCCGGCAAACCACCAUCUACCCACCCACCUCAUGUCAAACCACCUUAUGUCAAACCACCAGUUGUAACACCACCAAUUGUCAAGCCACCAAUCACCAUCCCACCAGUUAUUCCUCCGGUGGUCAAACCACCAAUCACCAUCCCUCCGGUGGUCAAACCACCAAUCACUAUCCCACCAGUUGUGACCCCACCAAUCACUGUCCCACCAGUGUUGAACCCACCAUCAGGCGGAAAGCCAUGCCCACCACCUCCCUUUGUGCCAACUCCACCAGCUGCAGCCACAUGCCCCAUUGAUGCACUAAAGCUAGGAGCUUGUGUGGAUCUUCUAGGUGGGCUGGUUCAUAUUGGGCUGGGUGACCCAGUGGUCAACCAAUGCUGUCCAGUUCUUGCUGGGCUAGUUGAGCUUGAGGCUGCAGUUUGCUUGUGUACAACACUAAAGCUCAAGUUGUUGAAUAUCAACAUAUAUCUUCCCCUUGCUCUUCAGCUGCUUAUUACUUGUGGCAAGACCCCUCCUCCUGGCUACACUUGUUCCAUUUAAUUAUAUAUAAAUCAAAGGGGUAGGGAUCAUGAAUCAGUGGAUGAAUCUCCAUAUAUCAAGAUCAAGAACUCUUUGUUUGGAGUGGUUAAUUAAGGCAUGCAAUUAAUUUUCGUUUGUUUUGAUAAAUGUUUCAAAAUUAUUUUUUUUUUUUGGCUUUCAAAGAUGAUGCAUGAUUAAUUAAUGUUUGAUGCGCAUGUUUAUUGUUGAUGUAAGGAAUUAUAUAACCCCCAAUUGAUCAAGGAAUUGGAUGUUCUAGUACUGUUAUUCGCUA